CUAUACAUAUUCCUCCGCUCUUUACGCCAUUUUUUUAAUUAGUUAUAGUCGUUUUACUCCGAACACAUCUCCUCAUUUUCCUCCGCCGGAAAAAGGAUAACAUCGGGAUGCCGGUGGACGGUUUACCAGGGUCCGGCCAGACGGUAUGCGUCACAGGUGCCGGGGGUUACAUCGCUUCGUGGCUCGUCAAGUUUCUACUAGAGCGAGGCUACACCGUUAAAGGAACUGUAAGGAACCCAGAUGAUCCGAAGAACUCUCAUUUGAAGGAACUCAAAGGUGCCAAAGAGAGAUUGAUCCUCUGCAAAGCCGAUCUUCUAGAUUACGAAAGCCUUCGUAACGCCAUCGAUGGAUGUCAAGGGGUCUUCCAUACUGCUUCCCCUGUCACUGAUGACCCAGAAAAAAUGGUGGAACCGGCAGUGAACGGGACAAAGUAUAUAGUGAACGCGGCGAAGGAAGCCGGAGUACGUCGAGUGGUGAUGACGUCAUCGAUCGGGGCGGUUCACAUGGACCCGAAUCGAGAUCCGGAGAAAGUGGUAGAUGAGUCUUGCUGGAGCGACUUGGAUUUCUGUAAGACCACCACGAACUGGUACUGUUACGGUAAGGCAGUUGCGGAACAGGCGGCGUGGGAGGCGGCGAAGGAGAGUGGGGUGGACCUGGCUGUGGUUAUCCCGGUUCUGGUUCUUGGUCCGAUGCUCCAACCCACCAUCAAUGCCAGCAUAAUUCACAUACUCAAGUACUUGACUGGUUCGGCCAAGACCUACGUUAACUCGGUUCAGGCUUACGUGGAUGUGAGGGACGUGGCACUGGCCCACAUCUUGGUCUUCGAGGCUCCGGGAGCUGCCGGCCGGUUCCUCUGCGCCGAGAGCGUUCUCCACCGUGGCGAUGUCGUCGAGAUCCUUGCCAAGCUCUUCCCCGAGUAUCCCGUCCCUACCAAGUGCUCGGAUGAGGUGAAACCAAGGGCAAAGCCAUACAAGUUUUCAAACCAGAAGCUAAAGGAGCUUGGGCUUGAGUUCAUCCCAGUGAAGCAGACUAUAUAUGAAACAGUGAAGAGUCUGCAGGAGAAGGGUCACCUCCCCAUCCCUACCCAAGCAAAUAAUGAUCCCAUUCGCCUUCAAUAAUCCUGAUUAUAAUCUUCUCUGUCUUCGCUGCCCAAUUAAGAACUUCUGAUUAGUGGUAAUAACAACAUUAAUUUGGGGGGCUUUUAUAUAUAAAAGGAAAGCUUCUUUAUUUGUGUUUACUUUAGAAUAUUCCCUAAACAUUGGAUUGGAACAUUGUAAACCCUAUUAAAAUGGGAUAUAAUUCUACAAUCCAAACCUAUUUGAUUAUUAUUAUUAUUAUUUUUUUUUUGGAGAAAAGCAAUCCUUCUCCCUAUUGUAUAACCAUGCCUCCUCCUUUAGUGUCAUAAAAAUAGGUAAUCUUUUCACUGUAAUUGAAGAUAAACUCUGGGUUUUUGUUUUUGUUGCUGUUGGAAAUGUAUGAACAAUGUUAUAGUUCUUUCCA